ACUCCUGAAGAGAAGGCUUUGGUCAUCGGCCUGUGGGCCAAGGUGAACGUGAAAGAAUAUGGUGGUGAGGCCCUGGGCAGGCUGUUGGUUGUCUACCCAUGGACCCAGAGGUUCUUUGAGCACUUUGGGGACCUGUCCUCUGCUUCGGCUAUCAUGAACAACCCUAAAGUGAAGGCCCAUGGCGAGAAAGUGUUCACCUCCUUUGGUGACGGCCUGAAGCACCUGGAAGACCUCAAGGGCGCUUUUGCUGAGCUGAGUGAGCUGCACUGUGACAAGUUGCACGUGGAUCCUGAGAACUUCAGGCUCCUGGGCAAUGUGCUGGUGUGUGUGCUGGCCCGCCACUUUGGCAAGGAAUUCUCUCCAGAGGCACAGGCUGCCUAUCAGAAGGUUGUGGCUGGUGUGGCGAACGCCUUGGCUCACAAAUACCACUGAGAUUCUGGCCUAUUUCCUGGUAUCCAUUGGAAGCCCUGUUUCCCUAGAUGCUAU